AGAAAGCUUUAACUACACGGUUAACUCGUCCAUGACAAGUGCAGACCUGAACAUUUUGAAACCAUACACGCCCUAUGAAUUCAAAGUUUAUGGUGUCACAAGUUCAUGGGAAGGAAAUAUCACUGAUGUUAUCAGCAUAAAAACACAAGAAGACGCUCCCAGCGAACCUCCGAGGAACUUCAGUAUUAAACACAGCACUGAGUCGGAAUUAACCUUCCAGCUGAAACCAGUCGACAAGUACCAUAUCAAUGGUGUACUUCGGGGGUAUAAAGUCACCUAUGGUAAAAGCAAUUCUCCAAAUCACACCUGGACGACCUUGCUUAUCAACGCUACUCACAACAGGCGCAGGAAAAGAAGUACUGAGAACGAAACAUUGGGCUUCAUUCUCACCAACUUAGAAAGUUACUCAACUUACACAGUCACGGUGUUGGCAUUCACUGUAAAAGAUGGCGUCCCAACUUUGGCAGCAAAUUUUACCACAGCACAAGAUGUACCAGAUCAUCCGCCAACAAACGUGACCGCGUUCAAUACCAGUUCCACGAGUAUUAACGUCACCUGGCAGCCCAUCCCUCCAGAUCAUACGCAUGGGAUUAUCCUGACGUAUCAAGUUAAAUACUGGAGACGUGAUAAACCAAAUGAUAACGUUUCCAACGUCACAGUAAACAGUACAGAACUACAAGUGGAACUGAAAGGAUUGGGAAAGUACAAAGAAUAUUCAAUUCAAGUCGCUGGAUCAACGGUGGUUGGUUUGGGGAAUUACUCGGAAGUUGUUUUUGUGCGAACUGAACAAGACGUCCCAGAUGAGCCGCCAGUCAACAUCAGAGCAAAAGGAAUAGAACCCACUUUAUUAAAAGUCCAUUGGUCUCCUGUGCCUUACGAAACCAUUAAUGGAAUUGGCAUCGGUUACAAGCUCAUCCUUAUCCACAUAAAUGGAACCAUUCUAAGAAAUUUCACAUUAAAUACCUCAGCCCUCACGAUAGACAUCACCGGUUUAGAAAUAUGGACGAAUUACACCAUAAAGAUGACAGCUUUCACUGUCAUGGGAGAUGGCCCUUGGAGUGAUUUUAUAAAAGAAGAUACAGAUGAAGAAGCUCCAUUCAAACCUCCAGCUAAUUUGACAGGAGAAGCAAAAAGUUCGACAUCAAUCUUUGUUCAGUGGAGUUCACUUGUUCUACCAAAUCUCCGGGGUAUUCUCCGAGGUUACACGGUUUAUUACAAAGAAGCGCCAAGUUCUGUUCAUCCAAGUGUGUUAAAAAACGUGUCAGUUGGCAUAUCUGUGACUGAAGUUGAGCUAACCGGCUUAUACAAAUUUACCAAGUAUCAAAUCUGGGCAACAGCCUUUACGACCACAGACGGGUUGCCGAGUAACUCUUUAUUUGUAACAACACAAGAGGACACUCCGGACCGACCUCCUCUAUACAUCACAUACUUGGCUCCAAGCUCCACCAGUCUCUUUGUUGAAUGGGGUGCAAUCCCUCCGCAGUUUGAAAAUGGCAUCAUAAGGGGGUUCAAAAUUCAAUUCCAUGAGAUUCCAUUCAAUGGCACAGUGGAAGAGAGGGAAGGCCAACCACUUCUCCGCUGGAUGAUUCUUGAUAAUUUAAAGAAAUUUACUUUCUACUCUAUUCAAGUUCGUGCCUUCACAACUGAGGGAUAUGGACCUGAAAACAAACUUAAAGCACGGACGGGUCAAGACGUCCCCAGUAAACCUCCACAGAGUAUAACUACUGAAAGUCACGUAACAUUGACAACAAUUCCAGUUGCCUGGAAACCAAUCGUUCCAGAUCAUAUCAAUGGCAUAUUGCUUGGUUACAAGAUUAGGUACCAGGCCGUUGAGAUUGGCGAGGAGUCAGUUGAAGACAAACCUAUCAGGGAGCAGAUAGUGAAUUCCUCUACUUUGUCUCUGGUGCUGACAAAUCUUGAGAUUUUUAUCUUGUACCGGAUUGAUGUUGUGGGAUUUACGAUCAUGGGCGACGGCCCGCCGGCCACGGAUUAUGCAGAAACCUGUCGCUGUCAUAAGCGGCUCACAACAAGUUGGUACGAAUUUCAACCAUAUGUCCGAUUGUCCGAAAACGGUCUCCCAGACGGACUUAUUCCACCUAUCCUUAGCGAUCUAGCAGUCACGUGCUGCGAAACCUGUCAAUCACAUGGUAAAUCUUACGUGGACAUGAAUUUAAAUGGGUUCAAUGUGUCAGCAAUGUUCCCGAGUCUACGUGCACUACGGAACGGUAUAGAAAAUCCCACAGACUUUUUCUUUCCGGUGUACGGCUUUAAAGACCAGACACAUUUUGCCAAACAGUUUGGUUACCAAGGAAUAGUUGAAUCACCUGGAAUGGCGUUCAUAGUUAACACAAACUCCCAGGAUAAUAUGCCCAAUGCUGUCCUGGUAAACAUAGCGUCCUGUUGGCCAGCGGUGAUGUUGGCUUUGGUAAUCACGUACUUGGCAGGGCUGGUCGUAUGGUUUGUGGAGUCGGAGACCAAUCCCCAAGACUUUCCACCAUCGUUUAUAGAGGGAGCGUAUGAGUCGUUUUACUGGUCAUUUGUAUCCAUGACAACUGUUGGAUACGGCGAUCGAGCACCAAUAACCAUCAUAGGAAGAAUCCUGGCUAUAGUUGUCAUUUUGUCCGGUUUAAUAAUCUUUGGAAUUGUGAAUGGCGCCAUGGCAACGGCCAUUACAAGUGUUACAAUGGAAACAGAUUACAAGAUCUACGGAACUAAGGUAGCAGCAAUUGAGGGUUCUCCUGAAUAUCGAAUGGGAGUAAGGAAAAAUGCUAACAUGGACAAAGAACGCGAAUACCACACGUUCGACGAUAUCUACGAAGCCCUACAUGAACGACACGUUAUUGGGGCCUUAAUAGAUACAUACAGUGCUGGAAACAACAAGGAUUUGUUUGAACAAGAACAUCUACGAGUGAAUAAGAUCCUCGAUUACUCGGCUACCUAUGGGGUUGUAAUGGGAGUGGAAGCCCGAAAACUCAGACGCUGUUUCAAACGGUACACUGAAAGGGUAUUCGCUAGUAAGAUUUCACAUCAUAUUCAAAAGAAUACAGAACAGCUCAAGGAGCCCGCUGAACCGCUCUCCAUGGAAAGAUCAACCGGGAUAUUUGACAGUCACAGCACGGUGUUUCAAAAGACUAUGUACAUAACUAUAAUAUGGUUAACAUCGUUCCUGUUUUGUGGCAUUAUCUGGGAAAUUAUUCAACGCUGCAGAACAAGAGCAAAGGUUACAUCACAUGAUUCACGACAAGAGCUAAGGACCGAGUUGAAAGGAAUGGUCGAAAGUUUUAAUGAAAACAUUCGAACAAUUAAAAAAGAACUGGCAUCACGACAUAGAAGAGAAAGAAAAGAACUCCUGACAAGUAUAGAGAAGCAGCGAGGCAGGAAAUAUCUUUCGUCAGUUGAAGUUUCAGAGCUGGACAACCCUUACUUUGAACCAGAACCGGACGAACAGGUAUCACCCAAGGAUAAAUUUGAUGAGUUGGUGUUUUCCAACGAUACACCAGACAAAGCGGAACAUUGCUGCGAUGAACGUAACGAGGAGCAUUUGCCAAGCAAUAAAUAUCAAACCAAUUGCUGAUUUACUCAACUCUUUGACUCCCAGAGUGGAGUAAUCUUGCGAAACAAGUUUUAUUUUUCUGGACAAGCCGGUUUUUUAAUGCUUUAUCUUGAGUGAUACACGCGAGACUUGGCCAUCAAACUAAAAAAAUAACUUUGGGGGUUUAAGGUUGGAGAAAUAAAUUUAGAAUCAAGCUCAGGAUGCCUGCCCAUUUCAGUGACGACUCCCGAGCCUUUCUCUUAAGAGCUGUAUCAUAUUGCUAUCCUUUAAAGCAGAUCUUUAAUCGGCCAGCAAGGAAGCUGGAAAAUAGAGCAAGUAUGCAUUCUCGUCUUUGCACUUUCGGCAAAACAACCCUUACAAAUAAAAUGCCCGGGUUUGAACUGCAAAAAAUUAAAAAUAAUUAAUUCAUUUGCCUCGGAAAUGGAAGUGACUUGCAGGUAUUUUACUCGUAAUUUUAUAUUUAUUUAUGAGCCCUCAGUUGAUACAGGAUGGAAAUAAUUUUCUUCUUCGCUGUCACUCAACCUCGCUAACAUAACAUCAAUACUACUGAGAAUGCUCUGUUUACCUCUAAAUUCUCAUUGAACUGACUUAAAUAUAACCACAAGAUAAUUCUGUUAUUGGAAAAAU